AUGAUCCCAAUAAGAGCAGCAUGUGGUUUGAGUGCUGACCUACUUGUUGUGGACAACGUUUUAUCAACAAUUAUCAUACUCUUCACGUCUAUACAUUACUUGUAUUAUUGUAGGGCAAUUAAAUUCGUGGGACCAUUCGUGCUCAUGGUAUAUACAAUUAUUGCAACAGAUAUUCGACGUUUCCUCAUGAUUUAUGGCAUUUUCCUAAUUGGAUUCUCACAAGCAUUCUACUUAGUAUUUUUGAGCUGCGAACGGGCCGAAAAUACGCAACAUUCCAGUACUACAGAUCAAGAUCGAUUCCAGAACGUGAUACAGAAUCCAUUGGAGGCAUUUAUUCGGACCUUCAUUCUAACCAUUGGAGAAUUCACCGUACUGUAUAGGAAUCUGGCUAUGUGUCCAGCAAAAAUUAUGAUAUGGAUAGGGAAGAAAGAAUUCCCAGCUAAAAUCGCUUACAAGUGUUCGUUUGUGCUCAUAUUGCUUAUGAUCCCAAUAAGAGCAGCAUGUGGUUUGAGUGCUGACCUACUUGUUGUGGACAACGUUUUAUCAACAAUUAUCAUACUCUUCACGUCUAUACAUUACUUGUAUUAUUGUAGGGCAAUUAAAUUCGUGGGACCAUUCGUGCUCAUGGUAUAUACAAUUAUUGCAACAGAUAUUCGACGUUUCCUCAUGAUUUAUGGCAUUUUCCUAAUAGGAUUCUCACAAGCAUUCUACUUAGUAUUUUUGAGCUGCGAACGGGCCGAAAAUACGCAACAUUCCAGUACUACAGAUCAAGAUCGAUUCCAGAACGUGAUACAGAAUCCAUUGGAGGCAUUUAUUCGGACCUUCAUUCUAACCAUUGGAGAAUUCACCGUACUGUAUAGGAAUCUGGCUAUGCAAUUUUCCUUGAUCUUCGAGCUCGGCGUAUCAAUUUUACAGUUUAAUCUCCUUAUUGCUAUGAUGACUAGAACCUACGAAACUAUUUAUCGUACGAGAAAGGAGUACAAGCGACAGUGGGCUCAGGUCAUUUUAAUGCUGGAACUUUCACUGGCUCCUAAAGACCGUUUGAUGUAUCUCCUUGAAUAUUCGCGUCCAACUGGUACAAAUAAGAAGGUCCGGAGUUUUGUGGUCAACAAGUUCUCUAACGAGAAUAAAUCAUCGGAGGAGGUGGCACAAGCUAAAGAAGAGAAAGCGAGGAAGGUAAUCGAAGAGCGGAAGGUGUUGCUGAAACGACGAUUGAAGGAUAUGGAGAUUCGCGAAGGAGUUCGUCCCAUAACAGGAUAUGGAAGAUCUCCACGACCGUCUACGGUUAUGAAACUGAAGGACAAUUAG